AUGGCUACAGUGGACAGUCAUUUGGGGAGGCUCACUUUGCCCUCCCUCCUCCCCGAUGGCUCCAACUUCAAUCAUUGGAAGCGGAUGGUGGUCCUCACCUUCCAAAUUGUGGGCAUCGUCGACGCUCUUGGUGAUUCCGCGCUCACAUCCUCAUCCGCCUCUUCCUCUACCAAUGCUCCGGCCUCCACGGCAGAUGCUGCGCCGGCAGCUCCAUCCAACCCGGCUCGCCCGGCUGCUACUACCCCUGCCCUUGCAGCAGCAGAACAAGAACAGCGAGCCUUGCUGUACCUUCUCUCCACGCUUCCCACGCAGCUCUCGAUGUCUAUUUCUCCAACCGAGACCGCUGCCGGGUUGUGGGCUCUUCUCAACAAGAAAUUUGCCAAAACCGGCAAUCAAGCUCAAUUCGGCUUGCUGCGUCAGCUCUUCUCUGUCUGCAUGGACCCUGGCCAGCCUGUCCGUGCCUACUUUGACCACGGACGUCUCGUGGAUGCUGAGUGGGACCGUGCAACAAAGAAUUCGUCGCUCCCUGCUGAUGGUGCUUAUGUCGUUCAACCUGGACCCUCCAAGCCUCAUUCCAGCACCUCUACCACUUCCUGCCGCUAUUGCAAGGCUGCUGGUCACGCCAUCACCACUUGCCCUCAACUCGAAAAGAAGAAGCGCAGGCAGCAACUACAGCAACAACACCAAUCGCCAUACCUGCCGCAGUCUGCAUACCAGCCACAGUCGCAACCGUACCAGCCCCAACAGCCACAGCAGAUGCCGUUCCGUUCCUUCUCUCAAAACUCGCCCAACAAGGCAGCUGCACACACCGCCCUCCCACCUCUGGCAUAUCCUGCCCACCUGGCCCAACCUCUCCUUCCCUCUCCUACCUCUGACGCUACCUCACCAGCACUCGCGGCUUCUCAUUUGUCAUCCACGCCACUGUCAUCUUCGAUUGAUUCUCGCUAUGCCGAUGUCGCCGCCGCGCACUUACUCCCUACCUCUUGGCUGCCGUCCCUCCCAUCGCUACUACUCCUCAUCUCCUUUCUCCUCUGCCUUUUCUCCAUCCUGCUCCAGCGGCCUCUCGCCUCCGUCCUCACCAGCUCUCCUUCUUCCUCCUCCUGGCUCCUUGACUCCGGCGCAUCCUCGCAUCUAUGCAAUGAUCCUCAUCUAUUUUCCUCCCUCCGUCAACCAUUUCCUGGUAGUGGCGUCCGGUUUGGUGGUGGGGAGCAGUACCCUGCCCACGGCAUUGGGGACAUUCUUGUCUACGCCCGUCACAACAACCAUACCCAUCCUAUCACCCUGAAGGAUGUCCUAUACGUUCCCUAG